UACUUCGCGACUGUUAAUAUGGUUACCAUAAAAUUGAAACAUAAAUAAAUCUUUCAGUAUUGCAAGAAAAAGUUUAAAGAAGAAGAUUAAACAUUUCAUAUAUACAUAUAUAGAUUAAUUCUAUUUAAGUGAAUAUAUAAAAAAGAUAAAAAAUAUUUUUUUUAAAAAACAGUUUCUAAGUAAUUAAAAAAUUCAUAAUAGAGCACAAUAAAUUGUGUUUGAAUUAUGGCAACUACAUUACAUAUUCUGAAUCCAAAUGAUAAUUUGAUGAAAAAAUUUCAAGAAACACUACAUACACAUUUAUUGCAUGUUGAUAAUAAACUUUCAGAAGAAAUACUCAAUCUUGAAACAUCAAUAAAAUGUGCAGAAAAAGAAUUAGAAUCAGAAGCUAUACAACUUUAUCAAAUGCAACAAGAUGUUCAACGUCAACAUACAAUGUUACAACAAUAUAUAGAAGCAUUGUCAAAAGUCACAUUUUUGAGAGAGAAAAAAAAAUAAUAAUAUAGAAAAUGCUAAAGAAAUUCUAAAACAAAAUUAUUCAAAAUUGAAAGAAGAAAAAGAUAAAAAAGAAAAACUAUCUCAAAAAUUAAAAAAUUUAUUGGAAUUUCAUUCUUAUUUGUCUAAAUGGGAGAAAGAAUUAAAUAAUCAUUUAAUUAUAUCUAAACAAUUGUCAUUACAAGAUAUUAAUAGAAAUAAGAUAUUGAUUAAUAAAAAACAACAAAGAGAUUUCAUAUUAUAUCGAUUAAAAGAAGAAAUAUGGAAAAUUGAAUCAGAAAUAGCUUAUUUUGAUGAGCAAUUACAAAUUAAAAACAAAGAAAAAGAAGAUGCUAAUAAAAUGAUAAUUGAUGCAAAUACAGAUUUAGAAACUCUGCAUACAGAACAUAAAGAUUUACAUAAUAUAUGGAAAUCUGUAGUAACUAAUAUUUCUAAAAGAAGUAAUAUUCAUGAUCAAUUAUAUUUUGAACAAAAAGAAGCACAUAAGUUAUACAAUGGAUUAUUAUUAGAAAUACAAAAAGUAAAUAAAGAAAUAGAAAAAGAAAUGGAAAAUAAUGAAUAUUUGACAUCAUGGAACUUUCGAAUAGAAAAUAAUAUUAAAAUUACAUCACGAGCAAUAUCAAUGUACAAUGAAAAAAUUGCAAAAAAUAAAGAAGAAUUAUUAAACUUAACUAAAAUUAAUGAACAAACAGAAUAUGAUUAUAAUGUUAUAUUUAGUGUAUGUUAAAUAUGUUAUAAUUGUUAAAUUAAAAUAUUACAACUAUUAUUAUAAACUGAUAUAAUUUCAGAAAUAUCAAAAUUAUCUUUAUGAAGAAGAACAAGUAAUAAAAAGCUUGAAACUACUUUUCAAAAACAAAAUAAUUUAGAAAAAACAAUAUUUGAAAAACUGGAAGAAAAAAUUAUAUGCAAUAAGACAACUAAAUAUAUAAAUGAAUUAUUAAUGAGUACAAAAAAUAUUGUACUAGAAUAUGAAAUUUCAAUUGCACGUAUAGAAAAUACAUAUGGAAAUAAUCUCUUACAAUUAGAAAAACUUAAAAAUCUCAUUGAAUUAAAAAAACAGAAUUAUUGGAAUUGACACAGAAGAAUACUGGGAAAGAAAAACAAAUAGAUGAAUUACAAAA